GAAUGAAUUAAAAACAAGUGAUUUAAACAAGAAACGUCGUAGGAGUUUAAGAGAAAAAGAGAGAUAAGACAACAACUUAGGAAAAAGAGAAAGAAAAUAAGAAAAGAUGUCGUGGCAAACCUAUGUGGAUGAUCACUUGAUGUGUGACAUUGAAAAUACAGGUGGCCAUCUCUCUUCUGCAGCAAUCCUUGGCUUUGAUGGCAGUGUCUGGGCUCAGAGUCCCAAUUUCCCUAAGUUUAAACCAGAGGAGAUCACUAAUAUCAUGAAAGAUUUUGAAGAACCUGGACAUCUAGCUCCAACUGGUCUAUUCCUUGCUGGCACAAAAUACAUGGUCAUCCAAGGUGAACCUGGUGCUGUGAUCCGUGGGAAAAAGGGAUCUGGUGGCAUAACCAUCAAGAAGACUAACCAGUCUCUGAUUUUUGGUAUCUAUGAGGAACCAGUGACUCCUGGACAGUGCAACAUGGUGGUUGAAAAAAUUGGUGACUACCUUCUUGACCAGGGCUACUAAUGAAGUCUCUCUUUAAAAUUUGAUUAUUGCAAAGUUGAAUUUUGUUGUAUUUGGUGAUUGCAUAUGUAUCUUCUAGGGCCAAAUUGGCACUGAAGUUCUUUUUUUACUUUUUUGGAAAAUAACAACCAGCAUGAGAUAUUUUCUCUUUUAGGAUUGCUACAUAUUUCCCUUUUGGCUCUAAAAUUUACUUUAACUAUAUUGUGUAUUCGUCAUUUUUAGACGUUAUAUUAAUUGAAUUUCUUGUCUGAGAAA